AAAGCGAUCAACAAACAGAACCUAAAUUAUUUAGUGCGUCGUAGAAAAACAAGAUGAAGUUAAAAGGACGAUUAAAAACUUUGAAUCUCGGUUUUAGGAGCAUAUAAAAGAUCACCUCUUAAGAGGCAUAUCAUAUUGUUUGGAAAAGAGACUACUAGCAAAUACUUUGCAGUAUUUCAAACUUUAACAAUUAACGGAAUUAUGAGGAUUGCAGUGGCGUUAUCUAUAAUGCUGGUUGUGUACGUGGAAACUGCACCUGAAGUAAAUCAUCUGAUUGAAAUUGAUCAUCAGGGUCGGGAAGUACAUAUGGAUGUUAUACAUGACUCUGUCGACAAAACUGUCAUUGCAGUCAUUGGCGAUGUUUCUAAAUACAAGAAUGGCAUACCUACAGUAAAUUUCCAUGAUUAUAACACGGGUUACGGAGUAUUAAAGAACAUUAACAGGAAAGCGUGUAUCUUAACAAAAACACCCGUUCCAAUGGGAACAGACGAAAAGUACAGAAUUGGUGUUACCACUGAAGUCCAUGAUCAUUUCCUAAGGAUAAUUCCUGUAAAAAUGACAUAUGAUGACGUCAAAGCUUUAGCAGGAGAAAGGCUUGCAUCGUUUUGUAAAGACUACACGACACUCUAUGCUGAAGUUACGCCAAUGAACAAACACAGCAGACAGAAAAGAGGGACAACAAGAGAUGACACAGAAAUUGAGGAUGUGGCUUGGUGUGUAUUUUCAAAGUGUGCGUUUCGUUCAUCGGCAUUUAAUGCCGCCCUAGGUGCAUCUGAAAAAUAAAUUUAGACCUGCUGGGAGAUCUGAUGUAGAAUUUGAUGAAUUAUUGAAAUAUAACUAAUGGAAAUAACUAUACAGUAUUCGGAUAAUGGCAAUUGCGUUGUGUGGGUAUGUCACAAAUGUGGUUAUUCGAGUAUACAUACUUUAUGUACUUCAUGUAUAUAAUAAAAAUUUUAAAAUUA